ACGUUGACAGAAAAAGAGAUGAUGUGUUUGGCAGCAGUUUCAAAGAAAUAUUUAAAUAUAUGGGUUUGACUCCCUUGGACUGGUUGAAGGGGAAGGACCAGGUGAUAACAGAGGGCUCUACGUAUCAUGUAAACUUCCUUGGCAAGGAGGAUGGAGUUAGGGAAGGAGUGAAGACUUUCCGAAGGUCAAGUAAUCUCGCCGAGUUGGGGUUUUUCUCCUGCUUGGAUUGGGAAACUAUAAACACACAGUUUGGGAUUACUGCUGUUGCUGCUGCUCACUAGAUCACAGUUACUCCGCGACAGAUCUCAGUUCAGGAUUGCUGGGUAAGGAAUUCCCAGGUGGGAUUCGCACCCAAGCGAGGCGGAAGCGCAGCGGGAGAGCUCUAGAUUGACAGCUGGACCUACCCACGCCUGCGCCGCAGCGCACGCCCGUGGAGGACCGCCGCCAGGGAGCGCCAACGCCCGGAUGGGCCGCUCUGUCUCCUCCCCUGCCCGCUCCCCGCCCCUCGCUCCCCCGGGCGAGCAGAGAAGGCGGAAGUAGGGGCGUCCGCGGUUGGGGCUCGGGCUCCCGGGGGACGCAGUAACGGCGGCCUUCAGGUCAAGGGACUGGCGUCCUGGCCCACUCGGCUUGGAAUGCGGUGCCUUUCUCUCCUGGCACCUUGGCUGAGUGGAGUUCUGCGGCCGGGCGUAGUCGGCGGCCCAGCGGACCGGAGCGAAAGCCACAUGAAUUCUGAAUGUUAGAAUAGAAAAGAGGCCAAAGAAAUCUUUAUUUGAAGAUGAGGAAACUGAAGCACAGAAAGGUUAUAUAGUUUGCCCAGGUCAUACACCAAAUGAUGGAGACAAGAGUUAAACCCAGAUCAUCCGAUUCCAGCAUCUAAGCUCUUCACCACUUCAUGAUAUUGCCUCUCCAGCCAGAACAGUGCCUCAUCCUUUGUAGGUGGCCAUCAAAUGCUACUCAAAAUCUUUUUGAGAAGAAGAAAAAGAGCAGUCGAUAAUCACGUUACUAUGAGUCUGCUACACUGUGAAAACAGCUGUGGAUCCAGCCAGUCUGAGAGCGACUGCUGUGCUGCCAUGGCCGCCAGCUCCUGUGGUGCUGCAGCAAAAGAUGACAGUGUGAGUGGAACGGCCAGCACAGGGAAUCUUUCCAGCUCUUUUAUGGAAGAGAUCCAGGGGUAUGACGUGGAAUUUGACCCACCCCUGGAAAGCAAGUAUGAAUGCCCCAUCUGCUUGAUGGCAUUACGGGAAGCAGUGCAAACACCAUGCGGCCACAGGUUCUGCAAAGCCUGCAUCAUCAAAUCAAUAAGAGAUGCAGGUCACAAAUGUCCAGUUGACAAUGAAAUACUGCUGGAAAAUCAACUAUUUCCUGACAAUUUUGCAAAACGAGAGAUUCUUUCUCUGAUGGUGAAGUGUCCAAAUGAAGGUUGUCUGCACAAGAUGGAACUGAGGCAUCUUGAGGAUCAUCAAGCACAUUGUGAGUUUGCUCUUAUGAAUUGUCCCCAAUGCCAACGUCCCUUCCAAAAAUGCCAACUUAAUAUUCACAUUGUCAAGGAGUGUCCAAGGAGACAGGUUUCUUGUGUAAACUGUGCUGUAUCGAUGGCAUUUGAAGAUAAAGAGAUUCAUGACCAGAACUGUCCUUUGGCAAAUGUCAUCUGUGAAUACUGCAACACCAUGCUCAUCAGAGAACAGAUGCCUAAUCAUUAUGAUCUAGACUGUCCUACAGCCCCAGUUCCAUGCACAUUCAGUACUUUUGGUUGCCAUGAAAAGAUGCAGAGGAAUCACUUGGCACGCCACCUGCAAGAGGAUACCCAGUCGCACAUGAGAAUGAUGGCCCAGGCUGUUCAGACUUUAAGCCUUGCGAUAGCUCCCGCACCUCAGCGUGGCAUGCUGCCAUGUGAUUCUACCUCUCUGCCCCGGGUUUCCUCUGGGUGUCACUCAGAGGUCCAGAAUUUCCAAGAAACCAUUCAACAGUUAGAGGGUCGCCUUGUAAGACAAGACCAUCAAAUCCGGGAGCUGACCGCAAAAAUGGAAACUCAGAGCACGUAUGUAAGUGAGCUAAAACGAACUAUUCGAACCCUUGAGGACAAAGUUGCUGAAAUAGAAGCACAGCAGUGCAAUGGAAUUUACAUCUGGAAGAUUGGCAACUUUGGGAUGCACUUGAAAUCUCAAGAAGAGGAGAAACCUGUUGUCAUUCACAGCCCCGGAUUCUACACAGGCAAACCCGGCUACAAACUAUGCAUGCGCCUGCACCUGCAGCUACCGACUGCGCAGCGCUGUGCCAACUACAUAUCCCUCUUUGUCCACACGAUGCAAGGAGAGUAUGACAGCCACCUCCCUUGGCCCUUCCAGGGUACAAUACGCCUUACCAUCCUUGAUCAGUCUGAAGCACCUGUAAGGCAAAACCAUGAAGAGAUAAUGGAUGCCAAACCAGAGCUGCUUGCCUUCCAGAGACCCACAAUCCCACGGAACCCCAAAGGGUUUGGCUAUGUGACUUUUAUGCAUCUGGAAGCCCUAAGACAAAGAACCUUCAUCAAGGACGACACGUUAUUAGUACGCUGUGAGGUCUCCACCCGCUUCGACAUGGGCAGUCUUCGGAGGGAGGGUUUUCAGCCACGAAGUACUGACUUGGGGAUAUAGCAUCCCCUCAUUUGUUUAAGAAACAAAAAACAGAAAAAACAUCUGGAGAAAACUUGCCCUGUUUUCAAUAACAUACAAACAAAAAAAGCAAUGGGGAAGAUAUUAUACCCACCAGUGAAUGUGGUUAGAGAGGUCACUUACCACUUUCCUGUUAAAAAUAUCUGAAGUAGUUUUCUCAGGAAUGUAGUGUUCCAUGCCUUUUCAAAAUUGUUACACUCAAAGUGCCUGUGGCCUACUGCAGCAGUUGUUUGUCUAGUAGGAUAUCUCUUUGUUUUAUUUUCAUGGGCUCUUGCUCCAGGGGGGUUUAUUGUCAAACCCAGGGUUGGAGUAGUAAAGCUCAAACCUUUUAAUAAUAAUGGAAGUUCCAUAAAAUUUCCACGUAUUUUUAUAGUGUUAGAUGCAAUAUAUUAAACUUGAGAAUCACUACCGCCUCGUGCUGGUGCCAGCAAGAAGAAUUACUACUCUUGAGUUCUCAUUUUAUUUGACCUCCUAUAGAUUUCAGAGGAUUUGAACCAUAAUCCUUGGAAAGUUUAAGUUCUCAUUAACCCUGUUUUUUCCGCCUGCAGGGUGUUAUUAAGGAUAUUCAGGGACUAGUUUAAACCCUAAAUAUAACCUUACUAAGUGUGGAUGUGUUGUUUGUUGAAUAAUUCUUGUUUAAUUGUUUCAUUGUACCUUGCUUGCUUAUUUCCUUGAGGCUACAAAGUAGCAUCUUACCCAGAGUUGAGAACUCUGAGAACCAUAUGGAAACCAGCUGCUGGGUUGUUAUGCUAUGAAUCCCUUUUGUCUAUUCCAGGCAGAGUGAAUUCCACAGCCCUACCUGUGUUCUCUGUUGCCUAAUGGUUGUAGGACAAGGAGAUGCACACACAUAAUCACCAACAUAAAAAUUUUAAAUGGCUCAACUAGUCAACCAAUAGGGCAGCUCAUUGGUGGUGAGAAAAGCUAUUUGAGCCAGAAAUUUUCAGCUCUUUUGAACACCUUCUGGUUUAGUUCAAUUAAUGGAAGAAAAUUGCUGUCCUAAACGCAGAAUUUCUUAAUACUUGGGAGAUCAUUGGUGUACCUGAGAGGUCACCAAGCCAAGGUUGGAAGUCAUAGUGAUUAUAUCAGGACUUGGCUGGAGUGGGUGGCUUUAGUCCAACAGUUCAUACCUGAGGAGGAUCAUGUGGAAUGUAUUGAAGUGGCCAAUUGUUCCGAAUAGGGAGAGAUGGUUUUUGUGCCACUAUAUAUUUGUUAAAAGCCUAUAGAUAUUAAAGAUUAUGGUGAAAUGUAGUUCUCAGGGAGUCCCACAACUAGUAUAGGCUCUUAUAAAGAAUCUGAGAGGACCCAUACACCGUGCUGUUUACACAAGAUUGUUUAAAGUUGUCUGAGGUAGUCCUGCAACUCCAGAGAGGCCAAAUCAGAGCCCCUGACCGGUGAUCAAGAUCAGCCUUCAUUUCAAGAGGAAGCCAAGAGACCGUGCAAAAGAAUGGUCUCGGUUCCGGGCAGACCCAGCAAGUGUCACUCUGACCUUUCCCUUUACUUUUCUUUCUACUCUCCUUACCCACCCCACAUCCAGGCUCCUGCUCUGUGGGUUUAUUCUAUAAAGUGGAACAAAAAAAGGUCAUACAGGGACCCUGUUCCCAGUGCCACCAUCAGCGGCACCUACCCGUCACGAGCUCACAGUUUGCUUGCUGGCAGUUUGUUCCGUGGCUACUGAGCUCUCCAACCCGCUCCUGAGAAUCACGGCAGCACGACCCUCUAGGUGAGGAACCCGGCACCGCUGCUGUUCCUGUGAUUGUUUUCCAAAAAUAAAUAACUGUCGAGUUCCAUGUAAAAAAUAAAUGGCAGUUACUCUUGUAUAGAAAAAAAAAGCCUGAAGGAAAUAUACUGAACUUUUUGAUGACUUAUUUUCUUCUUUGUGCUUUCUUAACAUGUUUUACAUUUUUUUUACAAUAAACAUGUCCUUUUCUCGGAGAAAAAAAUGUUGCCACAAAACAUUCAACCCUAACAGAGAAGGAAAUAGUAUUUAAAAGCUUCCUGGUCAAAUUUCUAUUAAAAGCAUGGCUGUGCAUUAGGUACUGAUGUGAGCCAUUUCCUGCUUUGGUUAUGUUAUUUUUUUCUACGAACUUGGGAGCCUUAAUCCAAACAAAAACAGUUUUUUGCCUCACUUCAACUUUUAGCUUCAGGUUUCCCUGAAGGAGUUGGAUUAGCUGUUUCUAAGGUCCAUGCCAACCAUAAAAUUCUGUUUUAAGAAAUGAAGUGCUAACCAGCAGAAAGUUGGCAAUAUUUACAAGAGGAUUUUGCCAGUAGAAAAAUUGCUUUAACUUAUUUUUUUUGCUGACAUAAUACUUAAAUUUAGUAUCAAUUUAGGGUCUCCUUUUAAUUUGAACAAUUUUUUUUAACCCCCAACAUUUGGCAUGCUCUGAAACAUGCUGGUUUCACCCAGCUGGCUAACAAGUAUUUGAGCUGUGUAUUUAUGUUUUAUUAACCUUUUAACAUUUAUCUUUGGACAUUGCUUUUAGACAUUGUUAAAUUAAAAAUAAAUUGUUUUUUCUUUUCCCAGAGGUGUCCAACCCAAUGUUGGAUGAAACUUGCUGCAGGUCAUACCCUUUGUUAUUGGAAAACAAACUCAGUGGAAAACAAAGUCAGGAUGUUGUGGUAGUUUGGUAGUUUUUUACUGUCCGUUAGCGGUUGCAGGGAUGACAGUUUCUGGCUAUACUACAAAAUGAUUAAACUUUUAUUGGGGGGAAUAAAAAUAGAAUAGAAAAAAGUGAAAUAGGAUGAAAAUUGAGGGGUUUUUCCCCUAAAAGAUGGACUAACAGAGAUGUUGAAUGAUCUCUAGCAAUUAGUUUUUGUGGCAGGUAUAAAAUUAUAAAAUUGUCCCCCAUUGCUGUUUUCAUACCGUAAGUCUUAGGUAAACUAAGAGCAUGUUUAUGAAUUAUGCAUGCAGUUAGAGUACAUUCUCAUCAAAAAGGAGCAGUUGCUUGUCAUUCCUUUAUCCAGGGAAUCCUCAGGUCUCUGGUGACCAGAAAACAUUUUUAAUUAUUAGAGAGGUUUUUCUAACUUAAGGCUUUGAAAUAGCUUUCCUUAAUUCAGUUACUGCUGUUCUUGUUUUGCCUCAGUUAAAUUCUACUCACUGUUUUAUGAGAAAUACCAUCAGGUGUUUUUGUGAUGCCUAGUUCCAUAGAACCUAAGCAGUGCAGUGCCUUGAGGAAAUGAAAAAGGGACAAUAAAUAGUCAUUUGUGUUUUUCCUUUGAAAUACAUUUAAAAAAAAAUUCCCGGGUGCAUAUAUAUGAUAAGCUGUAGUUAGUUUCACAGUUGCUAUUGUAGAGUCUGUAGAAUGGAUUUGGCACUUCCAAAUUCCUAGUAUCCAAAAAGGUGAUAUGAUGAAAUCAAAUCAGAUGCAUCUCUGCAGAUCAUGAUGUUCAGUCACAGCCCUCACUUUUAGUCAAAGGCAAACACCUGCAAGGAGAUGCCCAGUUGCUUUGCUAAGAUGUGGUCUCUCAAAGGGAGAACCUCCUCUUGAUAGAGCUUCCCUGUCUCUGCUGACGAAUUGCAUUUAUCCCAGCUUUCUCCCAGAUAGAUCUCAGGAUAAAAGCUAAAUAGAACGCCACUGGGAAGAAGGGCAGAUGGAUUUCUGUAUUCCAAGAAAGAGAUGCUAUCAGUGACCCUGAGGGGAACAUCAGCUGUGAGCGGCAGGGGCAAGGUUCUGUCCAUAGCUGAAACCCCAGGCUUAGCACAGCGCCUGGCACACAGCACACACUCAAAUAUUAACAAUGAAAGUUUAGUGAAAAUACUGGUUGAGGUGCACCACUUUUUGGCAGGUUAUCAUGUAAGUUUUCAGUGAUAAGGAAUAAAUGUUACUUUUAUUUUGC